AUGGCGAUCACUGAGGAAAUUGAGAUCACCAAGUUGACCAAUAUGAACGAUGAGUUGUUUGACAUGGCCAAGAAAGGCGAAUGGGAUAAAGUUGUCGACAUAUAUCGAACCAUCCCAGAGGCACAGACGGCCAAAUUCAGCAACUCAGGGGACACCGCAUUACACAUAGCUGUCUCCGAGGGCAAAAAAAAAAUAGUCAAACAACUUAUACAUCAAAUAAUUUCCUCUAAAGAAGGACGCAAAGAGGCUCUUGAAAUUAAAAACAACGAAGGGAAUACUCCUCUUCAUGUUGCUUUAUCAAAGGGGAAUGAGGCUAUGUGUCAACUCAUUGCAGGACUUUAUCCACCAUUGGUGGGUGUUGGUAAUGCAAACCGCGAAACCCCGAUUUUCCUGGCAGUGCAAGAUGGUAAAAAAGAAGCCUUCCUUAAACUUCUCAAAGGCGCCAUUGAAGGAGACACUUCAGGGGAAGAAGGGAAAGAAGGGAAAGAAGAGAAAAACGGGAAAGAUGUCGCAGAAGAAAGCAUCCGUAAUUUCUUGUUUCAUAUGGCCAGAAAAGACAAAUGGGAUGAAGUUGUCAAGAUAUAUGAAUGGACCCCAUUGGCUCACAAGACCAAGAUCACCAACUCAGGAGACACCGCAUUACACAUAGCUGUCUCCCAUGACAACAAAGAGAGAGUCGAAGAACUAAUUAAAGAAAUCAUUUCCAAUGGAGAAGAAGGCAAGGAGGCUCUUAAAGUGAAGAACGAGCAAGGGAAUACUCCACUUCAUGUUGCUGCAUCAAUGGGGAGUGUGCGUAUGUGUGAAUGCAUUGCACAAGUUGAUCCUUCAUUGGUGGCCGUUCGUAAUAAAAACGGCGAAACCCCAUUAUUCGUGACAGCGCUCUAUGGUCAACAGAAAGCCUUCCUUUGUCUUCUUGCAGCCUGUGAUACCAAGGAUAUUUGUGAAGGUUCCAGGAGGAAUGAUGGUGACACUAUUCUUCAUGUUGCCUUAGCUGGAGACUAUUUCGGUGAGCAUUAA